AUGGCUAUGGAAAUUGUGUGCAACUUUCGUAAAUGCAGAAAGUCUUUAUCAAAUCAAGCGUGGGUAACUACAUGUUCGCACGCGUUUUGUGUUGAACACGGAAAACGUGAAUUUAAAAGAACUGCUGAAAACUCAUUGACCUGUCCAGCAUGUGGGACUGAGUUACGUGAUAAGUUUGAUGUUAUACAAGCAGAUUUGAGGCCCAAUGAAACUUUCAAGUCAAUCGUUUUGGCGGGCAUGAGACCAGACACAAUUAUGGAUAUUGCUAUGCGGGCGAUGUCAUUUUGGGCGUACCAGGUUGAACAGGAGACAUUGUACCAAGAGAGCGUGGCGAAACACGCGAGGGAAAAGCUACAAUGUAUGGAAGAAAUAAAUACAUUGAACAUUCAGAAACUAAAAGCUGAAUUAGAGACUUGUAAAAGGAAGAUUGCUAAUUUGCAAACAGAAUGUAACAAGAAGACGAAGCAGGCUGAGGACUAUAAGGCUCGUUUAGAGGAUAAAACAAGAAAAAUACAGAAGUUAACAUUUCAGCUGGAUGCCCAGAAGAGGAAAGAUAUACGUAACUUCGACGGCAUGGACAGUAAAGAGAAAUGUAUGGAUAUUUCGGACUUAGUCGUUAAUAGAGCGGUUUCCGAUUUGGUAGAACAUCGGUCCUCUGAUUUUGUAUUUCGACCAGCUAAAGACCCUGACGAAUCGCAUCGAGUGUGUUCACCAAGAACACCUAUGUUUGACUUUCGGAAUAAAAAUAAACAGGCAUCUCAUUUCCAGUUUAGACCCGUAAAAUCUUAA